UCUGUUCUACAGACUCAGCUAAAAACGCCUCUGAGGGGAGAACCAGUACUAGACAAGUACAUAAACACUGUAACCCCUAGUUUGGUUAUUUGUUUACCUGCUAAUGGCAAAAUAGCUGAUUGGAAAUACGAAAUGUACGGUCGCCGCACUCGGUUAAAAAUUACAGUAGUUUAAUGUUGCCUUCCUCGCCUUGCUCCUGUGGUCCUGUGGAAGAAGAACGACGGUGUGACUACUGAACACGUUUGGAUAUUACCGGAAUAAGUGUUGUGUUGAGGGUUUUGUGUAUGCCGAUUUGACAACUGGACUCUACCGAUCCUCACACUCACUACCUCUUUCUGUGUCAAGUCACCUGAAGCAGAGUGGACAAAGUUUGUCUCUACUCAUCUGCUGAGAGAAAAACAUGCCGUCCAACAAGUCUGUGUCUGAUGCUCCCAUCACUCAGUUCAUCAACUGCAGAAUACUUAGAAACCACAAGCUGCAGAGAGAGGACCUUUGGGUGCGUGAGGGGAGGAUCUUAGAUCCAGAGAAGCUGUUCUUUGAUGAGCAGGGUUACGCCGACAAGCGUGUGGACUGUGAAGGCAGCAUAAUCGCCCCAGGCUUUAUAGACGUUCAGAUCAAUGGAGGAUAUGGCAUUGACUUCUCUCAGGCCUCCGAGGACGUCAGCAGUGGAGUUUCAUUUGUAGCCAAAAAGAUCCUGGAGCACGGUGUGACGUCCUUCUGUCCCACGCUGGUCACCUCUCCUCCUGAUGUCUACCACAAGGUUCUGCCUCAGGUCAAAGUUCACAAUGGAGGAAAGCAUGGAGCUGGAGUUCUUGGGUUUCACCUGGAGGGCCCGUUCAUCAGUUUGGAGAAGAAAGGAGCUCACCCGGAGCAGUUUCUGCGCACCUUUAAGUCCGGAGGGAUAGAGGACCUAAUAGAGGCCUACGGCAGCCUGGACAACGUUGCUAUGGUGACACUGGCUCCUGAGCUGGCCGGCAGCCUAUCAGUGGUGAGGGAGCUAUGCCAGAGGGGCAUAACUGUGUCAUUAGGUCACUCUGUGGCCAACCUGUCCCAGGCUGAGGAGGCUGUUCAGCACGGAGCUUCCUUCAUCACUCACCUCUUUAAUGCCAUGCUGCCUUUCCACCAUCGGGACCCUGGUAUUGUGGGUCUGCUGACCAGUGAUCAAGUUCCUGCAGGCAGGACAGUGUACUACGGCAUGAUAGCUGACGGGAUCCACACGAACCCUGCUGCCCUACGCAUCGCUCACAGAGCUCACCCUUCAGGUUUGGUGCUGGUGACAGAUGCAAUCACAGCAAUGGGUCUUCCUCCUGGUCGUCACACUCUGGGCCAGCAGGUCAUUGAGAUCCAGGGUCUCCAUGCAUAUGUGGCAGGCACUAAGACGCUCAGCGGCAGCAUAGCCACGAUGGACAUGUGUGUACGGCAUUUUAAACAUGCUUCAGGCUGCAGUGUAGAGGAAGCUCUGGAGGCUGCUUCUCUCCACCCUGCUCAACUUCUGGGUGUUUGCCACAAGAAGGGAAACCUGGACUAUGGAUCAGAUGCAGACCUUGUUCUGCUUGAUGAUGCCCUCAGUGUCAAAGCCACCUUUAUCUCUGGAGAGGAGGUUUGGAGGAAAGGACCAUAGAGAAAGAAAAAGACGAUGGAAACUGGCUCGACAGCUGGGACCUGCGGUGCCUUCAGGGGACACUGUGAAACAUACAACCUGUUGAAUGUUUUAGUUCAUCAGAAAACACAGUGAACUUUAUUCUCUCCAGUUAAUAAAUGUCAGUUAAGACCAGGUUUUGUCUUAACAGUCGGUCUGUCAGUCAGUCGGUUGGUGCAACAUUUUGGUCCAGGGUGAAAAUACUUAAAAAUUAUUGGAUGUGAUACUGGUGAAAGUACAGAAAUUCAUGGUUCCCAGAGGAUGUCUUAUGACUUUUCUUCUAGUGUCACCAAUGAGUCAGAACCUCCAUUUGUUAAACAACUAAGUCAUUUAUAUUUUCGAUAAAGUUCAGUUUCGGCUGAUAGUACAACUAAUGCUGAUGAAUUAAAGGUGCUACUAACUAGGUUGACUGAUGGGAAACGCAAAUGAACCCAUCUGCAGCCACUAUUAAGUUUGUCAGUUCUGAUGACUGUAGAAACAUGGCGAUCUCCGUAGACACUCCAGUGUAGAUAUAGAUGGCUCAUUCUGAGGUAACGAAAACACAAUUCUUAUUUUUCAGGUGAUAUACACUAAAGAUGACAUGCUUAUUAUAUUCCAUUUCUGCCAAAAUAUUUCCAUAAAUCCUACACACUGGACCUUUACAUAAUUCAGACAGGGUUAAUAUUACAUAAAGACACCAGCUGUACCAUUAAGUCUUUGAAUGAAUGUUGAUUAGGCUGCUUUUACAUUAGGAAAGCGACAGUUCACAUUUGAUGAGCUUCCACUGUCUUGGAAAAACUAAAGUUAAAAUUGACUGACUGUUGAUAACAAGUAACCUAUAAGGUUAACAGAAUCCUUUGGUACUUCAAACUCAGUAGCAGUAAACUGCUCUUUGUAUAAAACUGAGAUACACAUUUAAAAUGUAAAGUGUCUCUGUGGACUGGACUUAAAUUACAGGAGAGUCAGUUCACAGGAAAAGGUAGCCACCUGUAAUUACUGGGUAGGUUGAACAAUCACAGACAUACGAGCUCAGAGUGGAAUUAGCAUCACUGAUCAGUACAGAUGACAUAAAAAUCCUCCCUCCUCCCCUAGGGACAUAAAUCCCUCCCAUAUGGGCUUUAGAUGUACUAAAAAGGCCAUUGCAGAGGAUAAACCUUUCAGAUAUAGAAAAAGAACUGACCUUUCCUAAAGACCUUUAGAUCAAAGAAUAGCAAAGUUCUCUCUUCAUAUUUCAUCCAUCCAGAACUGUUGUUUUUCGGAGUGUAAUGAGCAUCACAGCCUCACAGGGUCUCUACAGAUUUGUUGGACUAACUUCACUGAUAGACAGUACUUUGAUUUUCUUUAAAAAAAAAAGUAUUUUUGUAUCUUUAGUCAAGUAUGAGCAAUCAAAUAGACUCAUAGGAAUGAAUGUUAGUAGAUUUGACGUGUAUUAUGGGAGUAAAUGUCUUUAAAUUGCAUAGGUGACAGGACAUAUAAAGGAUUUUAUGAAUGCUUAUACAUUUAUUGUAACAGGUUUUCAUUAUCCUGCAUCCAGAUGCUGUAACGGUUAUUUUAAUCACAUUACAUAGAUGUGAUUCAAAGAUAAACAUUUUGGUAUUAAACUACAUAAAUUAA